GGUGGAUGGGGUAAGGUGCUCUUUCAGCACCUGCACUCCUCGCUCCUCCUCUCUGCCUCACGUCCCAUGGGCAUCCGUGCAUCUUGCAGACCAGAGCCUCAUGGUCGUGGAGUUGCCACUCAGCAGGGUCAAGCAGAGUCUCCCCUUCCAGAGCAGGACGAGGAGAUCCUGGGCUCCGACGACGACGAGCAGGAAGAUCCCAAUGAUUAUUGCAGGGGUGGAUAUCAUCACGUGAAGAUUGGCGACUUGUUCAGUGGGAGGUACCAUGUGAUUCGGAAGCUGGGCUGGGGUCAUUUCUCCACCGUGUGGCUGGCCUGGGACAUCCAGGAGCGUCGCUUCGUGGCCAUGAAGGUUGUGAAAAGUGCUGAACAUUAUACGGAGACGGCUCUGGAUGAAAUCAAGCUGCUCAAAUCUGUGAGAAACACGGAUCCCAAAGAUCCCAAUAGGGAGAAAGUGGUGCAGCUGCUGGAUGACUUCAAAAUUUCUGGCGUGAAUGGAACUCAUGUGUGUAUGGUCUUUGAGGUACUGGGCUACCACCUCCUGAAGUGGAUUAUUAAAUCAAAUUAUCAAGGCCUGCCUCUACCUUGUGUGAAAAGCAUCAUAAGACAGGUUCUGCAGGGCCUGGACUACCUUCACACCAAGUGUAAGAUUAUUCAUACAGACGUUAAACCAGAAAACAUUCUGCUGACUGUCAACGAGCCGUACAUUAAGAAGAUGGCUGCCGAAGCUACUCAGUGGCAGAAGUCUGGUGCUCCACCUCCCUCUGGAUCGGCAGUGAGUACAGCCCCAGCACCCAAACCUACGGGCAAAAUGUCAAAGAACAAAAAGAAGAAGAUGAAGAAGAAGCAAAAGAAGCAGGCAGAGCUGCUGGAGAAGAGGAUUCAGGAGAUUGAAGGAGGCGCUCUGCCUGAUGGUGGAGAGGAAGAAGAUGAUGAGGAGACAGAGGCCAAUGAAGAUACGUCUUCCUCAGCCACCCUCCCCAUUUCUGCUACACCGCAGGACUCUGCUAAUCACACCAGCACAGACUCGACUCCCGAUGAGCAGCCCCGACCGAUGCCUCAGCUGAAAGAACCUGAAGAGGUGGCGGCUGAAGAGCAGAACAGAAUGGAAAUCAACUGCAAUGGCCACGCGUCCUCACCAGAGAGCAACACCAGUCCAGGGGAAGAAGAAACCAAGCAGUCUGCAGAAGAGCUGGAGGACCAACAGAAUGCAAACCAACCAGAAAACAACACAGAGACUCCGGAUACAUUAUACAACAAAGAAGAGGAGAGCUGUAAAACAUCAUGUGGAGACCCAGACCCAGUCCCCUCGCCCCUCAGCUCAGAGGACACUGUGGAGCGAAAUGAGGAAGAAACGGAGUCAAAGACGACCGAGAACAUGGACCCUCAAGAGGACACCAAAAGAGGGAAUGAAGAAGAGGACAGCCAGAGUGAUUCAGCAGGCAGUAUGUUGGUCAACCCUCUGGAUCCUCUGAAUGCUGACAAGCUGCAGGUUAAGAUCGCUGACCUUGGUAACGCCUGCUGGGUGAACAAACACUUCACAGAUGACAUCCAGACACGGCAAUACCGUUCUCUUGAGGUUCUGAUCGGAGCCGGCUACAGCACGCCAGCUGACAUUUGGAGCACAGCCUGCAUGGCCUUUGAGCUCGCAACUGGAGAUUAUCUUUUUGAACCCCACUCUGGAGAAGACUACUCCAGGGAUGAAGAUCACAUAGCGCUUAUCAUUGAGCUGCUGGGAAAAGUUCCUCGGAAGCUGAUCUUGGCAGGAAAAUACACCAAGGAGUUUUUCACCAAGAAAGGCGACCUGCGCCACAUCACCAAGCUGAAGCCGUGGGGUCUGUUUCACGUCCUGGUAGAAAAGUACGAGUGGUCCAAAGAGGAGGCGCACUGUUUCAGCAGCUUUCUGCUGCCCAUGCUGGACCUGGUGCCUGAGCGGAGGGCCACAGCAGCGCAGUGUCUCUCCCACCCAUGGCUCGCGUCCUAGAGGCCACGCACGGUCGCCGCUCUUCAUAUUCAGAAAGAAUGAAUUAGGUUUCCAGAAGAAAACUCACAGUAAACAAAUACACUCUCCAAGAGCCUCAUUGUGCCUGCACACAUCCAGACAACGGAGAGAGAAACUGCAGUCUUGUUAAGGUUUCGGUGUUUAUUUAAGAAGCUUAAGGUUAACUCUGUAUUUACAGAUUUCAAAAAAUUACUGGUUAACUAAAAAGUUAGAAAUUUAACUUUAUUUUUUUUUCAGACUGCUGCUAAUUCUCUACUGCUCAUUGUUGUCAAAAUUAAAAUACAUUUGCACUUUUUUUUAUACAAAUACAAAAAGUUCUGUCAGAAAACCAUUAAAAAAAUGUCCUUUUUAAAGCCACCGGUGAGUCAAAUCUGUUAACUUACCACGUCACGUGCGCCAGCUUUCAUACUGUAGCUUCAAACCGUGCCCCGAGGUCGGUUCUGCUUCGUGCAAAAUAGACCAGCUGAGUUCUCCGUCACGCUAAAGAUUACACGUCAGUGCCUGUAAUCUUAAAUGCAGCGAUCCUCUUUCUACGUUUGUACACAGACAGCACCUCGAUUAGAAACCAGAUGUUCAAACAUCAGUGAAAGUUAACAUGUAAAUGAUUGUUUUUUUUAAAGGUUUUGGAUGAGUUUGUUUAAAAAAGGUAUUUGGUAUGACACAAGAACAAAUGCUGGAUUAUUUCUGUUCAUAAUGCAUGAGCUGGCAGACUACAGAAAUAUUUCUGUUUGGUUAGACUUCUUGUAGUCAUCCUCGCCCCUCCAGUAACGUGAACCAAAGAACUGUGUUGGCCCAGUUACUGAACAAGUGACGAUUGAACGUGAAAUCUGAAGGGCUUAUAACAACAUUUCUCAUUUUAAAUGCUUUGAACCAUCUGGCAAUAAAUAAAGUGUGCAAGGUGUUCAGCUUCACAUGGAUGUUCUGAAAUAACAAAAGAUUGUACAAAGUUUAAAUAAUGUAACGACGAAUCUCAUCCCAGCCGUCAUGCGUUGUUUUAA